AUGGGUCAAGGUGCGUCAACUUACGGCAAAGACAAGAAGAAAAAGGACAAGCAGAAGCCUAAGUAUGAACCUUCUGUACAAUCGAAAAUAGGACGCAAGAGAAGAAAGGGCCCAGCCACGGCUGAGAAACUUCCAAGUGUGUAUCCGAGCACCCGUUGCCGGUUGAAACUACUACGCAUGGAGAGAAUCAAAGAUCAUCUACUUUUGGAAGAAGAGUUUGUCACGAACUCAGAGAUUCUGAAGCCUUUUGAGAAGAAACAGGAAGAGGAAAAGAAGCAGCUGGAGGAAAUUCGUGGUACACCAUUGUCUGUAGGGACUUUGGAAGAAAUUAUCGAUGAUGACCACGCCAUCGUGACCAGCCCUACUACGCCGGAUUUCUACGUGUCAAUUCUGUCGUUCGUCGACAAAGAACUGCUAGAACCUGGUUGUUCUGUUCUUUUGCAUCACAAGACCAUGUCCAUCGUUGGUGUUCUUCAAGACGACACCGAUCCAAUGGUAUCCGUAAUGAAAAUCAACAAAUCGCCAACAGAGAAUUACAGCGACAUUGGAGGAUUGGAGUCUCAAAUUCAAGAAAUCAAAGAAGCCGUCGAGCUUCCUCUAACACAUCCGGAGUUGUACGAAGAAAUGGGCAUCAAGCCUCCCAAGGGUGUCAUAUUGUAUGGUGCCCCGGGAACAGGAAAGACUUUGUUGGCCAAGGCCGUGGCCAAUCAGACUUCCGCCACAUUUUUAAGAAUCGUGGGGUCGGAGUUGAUACAAAAAUAUCUUGGAGAUGGUCCUAGACUUUGUCGACAAAUUUUCAAAGCCGCAGCUGAUAAUGCGCCCAGUAUUGUUUUUAUAGAUGAGAUUGAUGCUAUUGGAACAAAACGUUACGAAUCCAACAGUGGUGGUGAGAGAGAAAUCCAAAGAACAAUGCUGGAAUUGCUGAAUCAGCUGGACGGUUUUGACGACAGAGGUGAUGUGAAGGUGAUAAUGGCUACGAACCGAAUCGAAAGUUUAGAUCCCGCUUUGAUCAGACCGGGCAGAAUCGACAGAAAAAUCUUAUUUGAAAACCCAGAUAUUGGCACAAAGCGCAAAAUUCUAAGCAUCCACACAUCAAAAAUGAAUUUGGCUCCAGACGUGGAUCUUGAGAACCUUGUGACCUCCAAAGACGAUCUUUCGGGUGCUGAUAUCAAGGCUAUGUGUACCGAGGCCGGUCUUCUAGCGCUGCGGGAAAGAAGAAUGCAAGUGACCGCUGAGGACUUCAAACAGGCUAAGGAGCGGAUAUUGAAAAACAAGGUGGAGGAAAACUUGGAAAGUCUGUAUUUGUAG